AGCAAAAAUAAUGAUAAUUCCAUAUGGAUAAAAUUUCAAGGCUAGAUAAUGCCAUUUGGUCAGGAUUAUGUAUGUUUCUUAAAUUAAUCGGUAAUAAUUUAGGUGUAUUUAUGUUUCUGACGUUCUUAAUAAUUUAUAUAUGAAAUUGAAAACAAAGUAGUUAAGAUAUAUUUUUGAUACUUAAUUAACUCUUUCUAAAAUAAUCAUAUAAAUAUCAUAAUUUACUAUAAUACAGACGAAGAACGUGAUACAUAGAAAAAAUUAUACAUAUAUAAUUUGCAUACUCAAAUAUGCCUUCAAUGCACACGCGUGAUACCAAAUAUGCCUUGGUCCGUCUUGACAAGUGAGGGUUUGUAUUAGUCUAUCUCGAUAAGUAAGGCUUAUUCAAAUAGUUAAGUAUCUUUAUCAAAUCAUUAACCGAUAGAUUAAAGAUUAAGUAAAAAGACUAUUGAUCCUCUAUCGUAGGUUGGGGUAAAAAGUAUUGGUCGAUCUGUCUCAACUUGAUAGGUCUCAAAGAUUUUGUCCAUCAAAAGGCACCUAAAAAUGACAUUUUUUAAUUACAUUUUGUAUAUAUACACUAUGACAUCCAUUUUCGACUAUAGUUUACUCCAUUGAAAAAAUAGCAUUGAAAAAUCAUCAAUUAACGACAAAUCAAUUAGUAUGACCAAAAACAACAAAUAUUCUAAUUAUCACUUCCCCACUGAGUCUACAUAUAUACUAUCAGUUGUAAACCUAGCAUUUCGUUCUUCAGUUUCUUCCUUUUCGUAGUUAGUGAUACACAAAGUUAAUAAAAAUUCGUACAUAUAAAUGAAUCAUAUAUAAUUUUUUAAAAAAUGGACCGAAUUAGACGUGGAAAGAGGCGCUAUGAAUCCGAGGAAAAAGAAGAUAGAAAUUACAAUCACAUGUAUUCAUCAGCUCGAUCUCAACAUGAUAUGUCUACUAUGGUUGCAGUCCUCUCUCAAGUUAUUGGCAACAAAAGUACUACUAACACGAAUUCUUCUUCUUCUUCCUCCGCACAUCAUAAGCCAUUAUUAACCCUAAAUCAUCAGUCUAAUACUACUGCAGCUAUGCAAAACCAAUUACCUCAGCUCAAUCAACAACAAGGGAAUAAUGAGAAGAGAAGAAGACAGUACAGAGGUGUGAGGCAAAGACCAUGGGGUAAAUGGGCGGCCGAAAUCCGUGACCCGGAAAAAGCUGCUCGUGUAUGGUUGGGUACUUUUCACACUGCGGAAGAUGCUGCAAUUGCAUAUGAUGAAGCUGCACUUAAAUUUAAAGGAAACAAAGCUAAACUCAACUUUCCAGAACGGGUUCAAUCCACAACGGAUCAAUUUGGGAUAUCAUACCUAAUUACUAAUACGAAUCAUCAACAACAUCAAUUUCAGCCCACUAAUUUUCUCCCAAAUUCUGAUCAAUUACAACAACAUCACUACAGUAAUCAUAAUGCUGAUGAUUUGAAAUUUGGCGUCUCGCCGAGUUUUUAUCACCCUACAGCAGGGUUCAAUCCUAAAGCACUCGAUUUAGUGGAACCUUCGAAAUCAUCAUCGAUGACAUAUUUGGUACAACAAGCAUCGUCUCAUCAGGUACAAGAAGAACCAAGGUAUAUUAAUCACCAGCAAGAAGAUGAAAACAAUCUGAAAUUUUCAUCUUAUUUUGGCACUUAUUCAAGCUCAGGACCAACUUUGGGGGAGUUUGAAGAUCAAAAAUAAUUAUUUUUUUCAACCAAAAUGAAGGUAUACAAUUUCUUGAGGAUAUAAUGUCACAUUAAUAAGUUUUUGGCCCUAGAAGUGCUUUCAGUUUCCUUCUUUUGUCAUGCAAUUAGUUAAGCAUUAAUACUUCAUUGAUUUAGUUGAUAAAUUCAGUAGAACAUGAACUAUAUAUAUAUAUAUAUAUAUAUAUAUAGUUAUGUACUAUGAAAAUAAAUUAAUAUCAUGUGGUUAUAUGUUCUUAACUCCUAGGUUUUGAUAGGAUCAUAAGGAUUCUAACAUUGAUAGCUUUAUGGAAGUGUAUAUCACUUUAUUAAAGUUAAUAUUGCAUAAUAAUGUAGUUGUAUAUAGUACUAGCGGUGGCGAAUGAGUGGGUUGGGUUAAAUUUGAAUGGGUUGAAAUGGGUCAACAUAAAAUUGGUAAUAAUUCAAUCCGUCCAUAUGGAUAAAAAUAGAUUGAAUAAGAAAUGAGUUGAGUAAAAUACUAGUUUACCUGUAUUUUCAUGAGCAAACAAUACUCUAAUUAAGAAUUCAAGAUGGAGAAAAUUUUUGUCUUCUUUUAGAUGUAAAAUGUUGAAAAUGCUUUAUUUAGUUUUAUUGUAUCAUAAAAGUUUUUUAAAAAAUCCAAUAACAAGGGGAAAAUAUUUUUACUUUCAAAGUAAGUGAAUGUUUGCAUUUUAGGACUAAAACAUGCUUAAUGAACUUUAAGCAAUGUCAAGAUUAAUACAUGAUUUGCUUAAUUUACACUAUUAUUUAUCAUCCAAUUAUAAAAUUAAACAAAUAAAAAAUAUAAUUAUAAGUAUAACAAAAGAAAUGUACAUUUAAAAUAUAUACUUUUGGAGGGCCAAAGACUUCACCUUUUCAUUAUAGUAAAAAAUAAUUAGUUCUAUAGAAGAACAUAAAAAGCAAGAGAUAUUACAAUAUUUAUAGUGAUAUCAUAAUUUUUUAGCGAAUAAAAGUUAGAAGUUAACCCAUUUGACUAAUUCAUAGUUUACCAAUAUUUUAUCCAUAAUUUACCCAUAUUUACACAUUUUUUAUUUGUUGAAAAUGAUUAUUAAUCCAUAUUUUACUCAUAAAAAAUUACUCACCCAAACCAUUAAAUUACCAAAAUAUGAACUCAUUUUAUCGACACUAUAUACUAUAUACAUUUUAUAACAAAAUUAAGUCAUUCACCUAGUCUUUCAUCUCUCGUAGUGAAGGAGAUUUGACAUUUACCCCUACUUUAUACUAUAAAUAGCAUAAGAAAUAUUUACAAAAGUAGUAUAUAAAUUUAAAAGUAUAAUUGCAUAAACUACUAGAGUACUGUACAUAUCAUCUCCAUUAUUCGAAACCAUAACUUGAUUCCUUGUGAUCAUACACACAAUAGUACAUAAUGUUCUAAAAAAUCAUAUGUAUUUUAUGGUAUAAAUUAUAUUCUUGCUGAGUUUGGUCUUUGUGUGACACAUCAUCAGCUUCUAAUCUAUAGAUGAGAAAAUCGAAGAGAUAAUAGAUUUAUUGCAUUGAUUUAUUAUAUUCUUGCAAUAAAAAUAAAAGACUAGAUCACUAUUUAUAGGGUACAAAUGAGAAUAAUAAAGGAAAAUAACAAGAUACUAAACUAAAAUAAAGUUAAUUGUAUUAUGUAAUUAAUAAAAAUUCUAGACUUAGAAAGUAAACAAAUAUUCCAAAAUAUUUCUAGAUUAAAAGAGAAAAUAAAUGUUCUACUAUUAACCAUGGAAAGUAAAUUUUAACAAUACUUAUUGAGUGAAAAGCGACAGUUCUUUCCUUUUUGUUUAACAACAGUGCACGUAAUAUAUAGUUUUGCUUUAAUUUGUCAACAAAAUAUUCCAUUUGCAUUAGAGAAAUAGAUAAACUGACAAAACGAAAUUAAUGACAAAGACUUAAGGAUAUAUAUAUAUAUAUAUAUAUAUAUACUAGUAAAUUUAUUCGCGCUUUGCGCGAGAAUUUAAUAUUAUAAAAUUUAUAAAAUAAUAAUUUAAAUUUAUCAGUCAUUAAAAUUAAAACACUAUAUUAUCUUAUAUACAAAAAUUACGCUAUAACAAAUAUUAAUGACAUAAAGAAAAAUGAAACUUAUUACAUCUUAUCAUCUUUUUUUAGAUAAGGAUAACUUAUCUUGUCAUUUAUCCUUAAUAACAUAAGUAUAAAUUAAUGACUUUAAAAAUACAUACCAAGAUCUGCAACAUAAGCAACGGUGUCAAUGAGUUACUCAAUACGAACCAAGAACACAAAUAUUCAGUCGAUAAAAGUAACUUAUCUUAUCAUUUAUCAUUAAAAAAAUAAAUAAAAAUAUUAUCUUAUCAUUUAUCCUUAAUAACAUAAUUAGAAAUUAAUGACCGUAAAAUUACAUACCAAAAUCUGUAACAUAAACAAUGAUGUCAGUGAGCCACUCAACAGGAACCAAGUACACAAAUAUUUAGUUGUGAAGAAGAAAAGAAGAAGAAAGGUUUAUAAUUUUCGUUGUUUUAAAAUGAGAGGAAAUCCCUCUAUUUAUAGACAACAAAGGGUGGCAUGCACAAAUGUUUAUUGUGCCUUGUCGGAAAGGUUACAACUAUUUGAAAAAGUUUCAACUCUCACAAUCUUUCAUAAAAGUUACAACUUUUCAUAAAAGUUGCAACUCUUCUUUAAAAUCACAAGUUUUCCCAAAAAUCGCAACUUUUCAUUAAAGUCGCAACUCUUUAUAAAAGUCUCUACUUCACAUAAAAGUCACAGCUCAACAUAAAAGUCGCAACUCUUCAUAAAAAUCCCGACUUUUCAUGAAAAGGAAAGGCUAAUAUAAAAAAUAAAUAAAUUUAAAUGGAAAUUCUUGUUCGUAGGACCGUCCACUCAUGCGGACCAAAGGUUUUCUUUUAUAACUAUAUAUGUAUAAUACUUGCAGGUUUUUCUGAGAAUAUCUUUUAGGGAACUCACAGCUUUUUUCGAAAACUCACUUUUAUGUCACACAUAUAUACAUGUUUCUAAAAUCUAUUUAUACGAAUUUAAAUUCAAAUAAACUGUUUUUUCAUAAUAAAAAUAAAAAAAUUUAGUCAAAGCUAUUGAAUUUUUGUCAAACCUGUAAGUCCGGGGCUAUGAAUUCAGUCGAACUCAAUUAACAUCGUAACUCCAGUUCUACCGGUAACUUGAAGUACUCUAGCUUUGCUGCUCACGAGUAUAUAUGGCGGUGUGCUAUUGCCUGCUUAUUAUUACAUUGAUUUAUUUAUACAUUUGGCUAUUAAAAUUUCCAAGUUCUGCAUUUGCUAUAUAUAAAAAGAAAAAAAAAAAAAAGCAAAUGUGAAAAGAAUUAUGCUAAAUUCAGCUUUUAUUGACGAUGUCAACAUGCAAAAUACAAACAAGUGAUGCCAGGAGCGAGGUAGGUAGGGCCAACGAGGAGCUUAGAGAAUUAUACUCUUUACGUACGAUUUAAAUUAUUUUUAUGUAUAUAUAUUAGUGUUGAAUCUCUUUUAGCUUCUUCAGAUAAUUAUAUUUUACGUAUAUUUUUUGAACCUCUAAAAA